UCAAGUCCAAGGAGAGCUGAUAGCAGUUGGCACUAGUGUGGCAGCAAGGAAAUGGAGAGAAGUUGUCAGACUUUGAGAUGUGUUUUGUAGGUAGUGCCGACAGGCCAAUUAUAAUAUGUGUACAGUUUUGCUGUAUAAUACAGUAACUGUGGUCACUGUGGCUAUUCCAAUUUAAAUGAAGAUUAAAAAAAUUCAGUUCUUUGUUCACACUAGCCACAUUUCGAGUGCUCCGUAACCACGUGUGGCUAGCGACUACUGUGUUGGACAAUAUAGGCCUAAGAUAUUUCUAUCAUCACAGAAGAUUCUACUGGACAGUGCUGGUAAGGCACUAACAGUGGCCAAGAUAGUUUAAGAGUUAAGUAAAUGAUAGAUAUUAAAUAUAUUUGUUAUGUCAUUAGGUGUUUUUUCCCCAUAUAUUUACCUGUUCAACCACCUCUGUAUUAAAUGCCUCUUUCGCCCUUGCAUUUUAUUUAUAGCAAACUCAUGCACUGUCUGGGCUCUCAGAUACCUCUGUGCUCUUCACAUGCAUGCAUUUGUUCAACAGAUGUUAAACGGUGUGCACUCUGUGCUUGGGGUUGAAGGAUUGUGGGCAGGUGUUAUAAAGGACUGUGAUCAGGAAAGAUCAUCUCCCAGGAAAAUGGACCUUGUGAGUGAGAGAGAACCUGGUACUUGAGGGCUCUAAAUUUCCAGAGGGAGAAGGGAUUGAUUCUAGUGGGGCUGGAGGUCAGGGUUGAGAGAGGGGAGUUUGGACUUAGCCUGGGCUAUGCCGUGACAGCUGGCCAGACAGAACCUCGGCCCAAGACCUACUCCCCAGAGUCAGUUCAGAACAUCACAGUUUACAGAGCACCCUCACGCAUGCCCAUUUCCCAGAGUCUGGGGGAGAUGCAGGGCCUGGCCAGAGCCCUCAUCUGGGUGACCUGGUUGGAGCCAGGAGCCAGAGUUUAUGUUGGUCUCCUAAGACAGUCUGCUCUACCUAGGGUUGAGGAUUUUCUCUUCAGGUUGCCAGCCUGAGGGUGACCAGCUGCUCCUCAAAGAAGCCCCCUCCCACCCUGAUUGCCAUAGGGGUUGUCUUCAGCUUGUAGGCCUACCAGGAUGGAGGGGAAUGCCGAAAUGGAGAUGCUGAGGACACUGAAGGGGCCCUCCACAGGAGAGGUCAACGUGCACCUGGUGGCCAGAGACAGCUCAGGUUCUGGCUCUCACCUGCCCACUACUGCCUUCAUCAUCCCAGCCAGCUCGGCCACCCUUGGCCUGCCCAGCAGUGCCCUAGACGUGUCCUGUUUUCCGCGGGAACCAAUCCAUGUGGGCGCUCCGGAGCGAGUGGCGGGCAGUGUACCUGUCACGGCCACCGUUCUGCCGCAGUUAAGCGCCGGGCCUGUGGCCAGCUCCAGCGCCACCACAGUGCGGCUCCUGGAGUGGACGGAGGCCGCGGCCCCGCCUCCUGGGAGCGGCCUGCGGUUCCGGAUAAGCGAGUACGCACCGCUGAACAUGGUAGGAGCAGAGCAGCCCCCGAGCCCAGAGCUGCGGCCAGAAGGUGUGGCCGAGUAUGAAGAUGGCGAGGCCCCGGCGGGAGGUGGCGAUGCGGGCACCCAACAGCCCGCGGACCUCCCCCAGGACCCUCCAGAAGAUCCCCCGCAGGACCCCCCAGAAGAUGAUGGGAACUGUCGGUGCCAGGAGUGUGGACCUCAGCAAAGCGCAGGUCCGGAUCCCGGUUCUUCCAAUGAUGACUGCCCACCGCUGUUCCAAGAGCGGUCAGUCAUAGUGGAGAACUCCGGCCAGAGCUCCAGCACCAGCGCUUCUGAACUCCUCAAACCCAUGAAGAAGAGGAAGCGCAGGGAAUACCACAGCCCAUCAGAGGAGGAGUCGGAGCCAGAGGCCUUGGAGAAGCAAGAAGAAGGAAAGGAUCCAGAGGGACAGCCUGCUGCUAGCACCCCGGAAAGUGAGGAGUGGAACAGCAGCCAGCCUGCAUCAGGGGAGAAGAAGGAAGGCUGGUCGUGGGAGCCCUACCUGGAGGAGCAGAAGGCUGUCACCGCCCCUGUCAGCCUCUUCCAGGACUACCAGGCGGUCACUCAUAAUAAGAAUGGCUUCAGACUGGGCAUGAAGUUGGAAGGCAUCGACCCUCAACACCCGUCCAUGUACUUCAUCCUCACAGUGGCUGAGGUGUGUGGCUACCGCCUACGUCUACACUUCGAUGGGUAUUCCGAGUGCCAUGACUUCUGGAUCAAUGCCAACUCCCCUGACAUUCACCCUGCUGGCUGGUUUGAGAAGACUGGGCACAAACUGCAGCCCCCCAAAGGUUACAAGGAGGAGGAGUUCAGCUGGAGCCAGUACCUGCGCAGCACAAGAGCUCAGGCCGCCCCCAAGCACCUGUUUGUGAACCAGAGCCACGUGAGUGGCCCCGAGCAAAGUCCCCCACCCCUGGGCUUCCAGGUGGGCAUGAAGCUGGAAGCUGUUGACCGCAUGAACCCGUCCCUUGUCUGUGUGGCCAGUGUGACUGACGUGGUGGACAGCCGCUUCUUGGUGCACUUUGACAACUGGGAUGAUACUUACGACUACUGGUGUGAUCCCAGCAGCCCCUACAUCCACCCAGUGGGCUGGUGCCAGAAGCAAGGAAAGCCCCUCACCCCUCCACAAGACUACCCAGACCCUGACAGCUUCUGUUGGGAGAAAUAUCUGGAAGAAACCGGGGCCUCUGCUGUGCCUACCUGGGCCUUCAAGGUGCGACCCCCACACAGCUUCCUGGUCAACAUGAAGCUGGAGGCCGUGGACCGCAGGAACCCAGCCCUGAUUCGUGUGGCCAGCGUGGAGGAUGUGGAGGACCAUCGGAUAAAGCUCCACUUUGAUGGCUGGAGUCACGCCUAUGACUUCUGGAUUGACGCCGACCAUCCCGACAUCCACCCUGCAGGCUGGUGCUCCAAGACAGGGCAUCCUCUGCAGCCUCCUCUCCGACCCAGAGAACCCAGCUCUGCCUCCCCUGGGGGCUGUGCCCCUCUCAGCUAUCGGAGCCUGCCACACACCAGGACCUCCAAGUACAACUUUCACCACCGGAAGUGCCCCACUCCUGGUUGUGAUGGUUCUGGUCACGUCACAGGCAAGUUCACAGCUCACCAUUGCCUCUCAGGCUGCCCACUGGCCGAGAGGAACCAGAAUCGGCUGAAGGCGGAGCUGUCCGACACGGAGGCCUCGGCCCGUAAGAGGAACCUCUCAGGCUUCUCCCUAAGGAAGAAGCCUCGCCAUCAUGGCCGGAUUGGACGCCCUCCAAAGUAUCGGAAGAUCCCGCAAGAAGAUUUCCCAACACUAGCUCCCGACGCCAUGCACCAGUCCCUCUUCACGUCAGCCCUGUCGGCCCGCCCUGACCGCUCGCUGUCCGUGUGCUGGGAGCAGCACUGCAAGCUCCUGCCGGGAGUGGCAGGCAUCUCGGCCUCAGCAGUUGCCAAGUGGACCAUUGACGAGGUCUUCAGCUUCGUUCAGACCCUGACUGGCUGUGAGGACCAGGCACGACUCUUCAAAGAUGAGAUGAUUGACGGCGAGGCCUUCCUUUUGCUGACACAGGCGGACAUUGUGAAGAUCAUGAGCGUCAAGCUGGGCCCAGCCUUGAAGAUCUAUAACGCCAUUCUCAUGUUCAAAAACGCCGAUGACACCUUAAAAAGUGGGACACUCAAAGCUCUGUUGAUUUCCUGCCACAGUCCAGUAGGAGACCCUCUCUUACAUGGGGUCACACAGCUUUGCCAGCACAGCCAUUCAGCCACCCAGCUGAACUCCCACCUGGCUUCGGACGUUCCUUCCCUUCGGCCCCGAGAGGCAGCUCUGAGCACAGGCUUCCCGAGAGGAAAGUGGGCAGUCUCUGCCUCUGGCUGACACUCGGGUUUACGGAGGUUGCAUUGCCCCCUUGGCCAAAAGUAAGGAGGAGCGAGUCUGAGCCUCUCUGACUUGGUUGCUUGGGUGGUGGCAAAACUCACCAGCUCCUUGGCUUUGCUCCUCUUUGAAACUCACUGGCUUUGUGGUGUGAAGAGGAGGCAGCAAGUGCUCAUAGCUGUGCUGCGGGACCUCACCUGUCCUAGCAAGUAGGGCUGGGACAGCUUUGCCAUGUGGAUCUACCAACCACACUUCUAGUGCUUGCCCACGGGAAGGGCAAGGUGGACUUAGGGCCUUGAGAAAAGGACCCCCAGGCUCUGAACUUUGAGACCUCGGCACUUUCUGCACCAACGUCAGACUCUUUGGGGAAAAAAAUAAAUAAAAAAAUAAAAAGAAGGAAAGAAAUCUGCUCUACUGCCCCUUCACCCCCGUCCUGUCCCCAGACAAGAUCAUCGCACCUUGACCUGGGUGCCCAGUGAAGGGAGAGGGUUGGUGCCAGUGCCCAUGCUAUGUGCCUCUGCCCUGCUCUCCAGCAGCAGACACCGCUUACACUUUGGCCCCAGCAGCCGCGACCAGCCCUUGCCCAGCCCUGGCUUAGGGCGCUGAGGACCUUUCUGUUUAAUUUCUGAAGCAGAGAGAAUGAUCCCAGAGUUUGAAAAUGAAGCCUGUUUGCACUUUCAUUCACAUGCACUUUGGUGGAAUUGUUUUUGUACUUACCGUGUGUGUGUGUGUGUGCGUGUGCGUGUGCGUGCAUGUGUGUUCUUUAAGAGAAUCCUCUGGUUUAAGAUAAAAUGACUCUUGACUCUUGAGAGAGAAGAAGUUAAAACUGUGGUGUUUUGUCAGUGUAUUGAAACAACAUAAAUAAACUUGGAACAUCUGGAUGAUA